AUGAAUGGCGAUUUAAGCCUAUCCCAGUCCCUGGGAGGGCUUCGGAUAGCAAAUCCAGAUGAUUCGCCCUUGCCAUCAGAGGAAGCGACCGCUGGUUCGAUGGGAUCCAGUCCAUUCGGUCAAACGGACGGUUCGGUAUCAACACACCCACAGAAUCCCGCACCGAACGACGAGCCCCCCUCAGCAUUCCCCCCUGCACCGAACGAAGCUCCAGCACCAGUCGAAAACCGUUCGUCCGUCGUCUAUUCAACUCCUGAUCAUCCUCCCUCUUAUCCGCCCUACUCUACACACCCCCACGCUACUGCGCCAAACGCCUCCCGACCCCUUUCCUCUCUUUACGCCAACGGCUCGGCCUCCUCCGCACUUCCCCGAGAUAAUUCAUACCGCAUGCGAACGGAUUCCGGUGCCUCAUCUACCUCGACAUCCCAUUCUCGAAAAGACGCCCGCGGUGCCGCCGUGGCCUUGCAAGCAGGUGUUCCAGUGCGCGAUAACUCUCACAGCGACCGUUCCUACCGAACUGCGCACAUCCCGGCCAAUGGGGCGGUAAUGCGUCAGUCAUCUAGAGCACACGCCCGAGGAACUACACAAUCGCAAAUGGCCCGGACUCCCUACGGCAUGGAGAACGGCGCAGCACCCAGCAGCGACGAUUGGCAGGAUCGUGGGGCCGCGGUCUCGGUACGACAGGAAGUGGACGCCAAUGGGAAAACAGUCUCUCGCUUCAUCAAGAAGGGCGUUCGUGAUUUCUCGUUCGGCAAUACCCUCGGAGAAGGAUCAUACAGUACAGUUGUACAUUCAACAGAUCGACAAACACUGAAGGAAUAUGCGAUCAAGAUUCUAGACAAGCGUCACAUUAUCAAGGAGAGGAAAGUGAAAUAUGUCAACAUUGAGAAGGACACUUUAAAUCGCUUGACCGACCACCCGGGGAUUGUGCGGCUCUAUUACACCUUUCAGGAUGAACGAUCGCUAUACUUUGUGCUGGAUCUCUGCAAAGGAGGCGAGCUUCUGGGUGUUCUCAAGCGGAUGUCUACUUUUGACGAAGAGUGCACCAGGUUUUAUGGUGCCCAGAUUCUCGAUACGAUAGAUUAUAUGCACAAGCGUGGUGUGAUUCAUCGAGACCUGAAGCCGGAGAACGUCUUGCUGGAUUCCCAAAUGCACAUUAAGAUUACCGAUUUUGGCACAGCUAAGAUCCUCAAAACUUCACAUCGACCAACCGAGAGCACAAGCUCAAUUCCGCAGAUGGACGCCACAGAAAUUCCAGAGGAAGAACGGGCAAGCUCGUUUGUUGGUACCGCAGAAUACGUUAGCCCCGAGUUGUUGACCGAUAAGAAUGCCUGCAAGGCAAGUGAUCUGUGGGCGUUUGGCUGUAUCAUUUACCAGCUACUGGUUGGUCGUCCGCCUUUCAAAGCGGGCAAUGAGUACCAAACGUUCCAAAAGAUCGUCGCCCUGGACUAUGAAUUCCCGAUCGGAUUUCCCGCCGUUGCUCGAGACCUUGUUGAGCGUCUUCUUGUGCUUGACCCAGCUCAGCGAUUGCAGAUUGAGCACAUCAAGAACCACGAGUUCUUCAAGGGUAUCUCCUGGGGUACUGAUAUGUGGAAACAAAAGGCCCCCCGGUUGAAGGCCUACGUGCCACCCCCGAGAGAGCCAAUCAAGCUUAAUGGCGAUAGCAGCGAGAGCUUCCCUCCCACGAUCUCAACGGCUCCAUCCAACACGCCCAAUGCCAGUUCCAGGGCUCUGCCCAGAGUGGUCACUGAACUGCCCCCACCUAGCCAAUUAGACAUUGAAUGGUCACCGGUGUUGAGCAGAUCCAACGAGCGAAUCCUGAAGCUGGGCAACAUGGUCGUUUUGUCUUCCCCUGCAUCCCACAGCCCGACAUCCAAGAAUGGCAGCAGCGAAGCCGAGGCUCCCAAGAAGUUCUCACGUUUCUUUUCGAGCACAGCAACGAAGAAACGUCAACGAUUGGUUAUGGUCACAUCAUCUGCGCGGAUCAUUCUAGCUGCAUCUGGCGGUGACGAAAAGAAAGCAAAGCUUGAAAUCUCUCUCCUUGCUCCCGGAACACACUGGAGGAGUACAACCGACUCCAAAGGGCAUUCAUCGUGGAUUGUGGAUACAAGAGAGAAACACUUUGUCUUUGAGGAUUGUAAACCGUCAUCGAGCAAUAUCGGAUCCACCGCGGUUUCAGCACAAGAAUGGCUGGAUGCACUGGACCGGGCUCGUGAGAUGGCAAUGACACAACAAAGCUCUGGAUCUUAUUCCGCCGAAGAUGCAUUCCGCAAUAUGUCCUCGGGCUUUUCGAGUCACGCCAACACUCUUGAUCGCAGUUCAGAACUGCAGAAUGAGAACAAUAUGCCCCUUCCAGGGCGUAAUACAUUGGUUAAGCAGCAGACUGACGCGGACUCGGUCAAGGGAAAGAAGAGAUUUAGCAGACGUCAUUCUAAGAACGGCCUUGCUGCUGUUUUCUAG